AUGAAUCUGUGUGCGAGAGAAGGUAGAAAACCGACCUGCAUGGUCGACGCGUACGUCGUGCCGCGAAUCACGACCUACGCACCAGAGUCCUUGGAAACGCUCGGAUACGAAGCGUUCCAGGACCUACCUCUCGCCGACCCCGACCUCACGACCGAUCAAACUAUUGAAGUUCUGAUCGGGGCUGACUUAUACGCACAAAUUAUGCGACCGGGAUUCCGUCGCAUAAACGCGGAGGGUCCGAUAGCCCAAGAAACUGCGUUCGGCUGGGUAAUUUCCGGGCCGACAAGUGCAGUAGGGAAAAGCCAGAAUCCAGUACGGACGCUACAUUGCACCGUGCUCGAAUCGCUGGAUCAAGCGAUUCGAAAAUUCUGGGAAAUGGAGGAAAUUCCCGCGACCUCUGUGCGUACAAAGUCAGAGGAAGAAUGCGAAGCAUUCUAUAAGAAAACCGUCGUCCGAGACGAAACUGGGAGGUUUCAAGUGCGACUCCCAUUUAAUUGCCCGAAACCGGAGGAAACGAUCGGAAAGUCGUUCCACAUAGCGUUUUCGGCUCUCGCAAGGUUGCGAAAGAAAUUAGACACGAGCCCGACUCUCGGUAAAGAAUACUCGGAGUUUUUAAACGAGUAUGAGUCGCAAGGUCACAUGACUCGUAUCGAGCCUAUUGACCGUUCUAGACUCUAUAUACCACACAGAGCGGUCGUCCGUACGGACAGUACGACCACCAAGUUACGGGUCGUGUUCAACGCAACCUGUAGGACGGCGGGAGGUCGCUCCCUAAACGACAUCCUACACGUCGGUCCAAAAUUGCAAAACGAUAUCACCUCGGUAUUAACGAGGUGGCGUUUGUAUAAAUACGUGCUGGUGGCCGACAUUGAGAAAAUGUUUCGACAAAUUCUCGUAGCACCACAGGAUCGUCGAUUCCAAUGCAUCGUUUGGAGUGCACCCGAAACCGAACAGCUAAAAGCGUUCGAGUUAAAUACCGUUACAUACGGAACAGCGUGCGCUCCGUACUUAUCGAUGCGUAACCUUCUCGAAUUAAAAGAGCAGGAUGGAGGAAAAUUCCCCUUGGCUGCUCCGAUUCUCGAGAAGGGCAUUUGCGUCGAUGACGUAUUUUUGGGAGCACCAGACAAGCCCUUGCUGGAGAAAAUCCGCACACAAGUGUGCGAGCUCCUGCAAGGAGGUGGGUUUAAGUUGAGAAAAUGGGCAGGAAACUCGCAGCAACUAUUGCGAAAUAUCCCCCACAGCGCUCACUCCCACGCCGUAGACCUCACCUUGUUCGAGGAUUCCGAACUGAAAGUGCUCGGUCUACGCUGGAUACCGUCUGGGGAUUAUUUUUAUUUCAAUCUCCAACAAUUUCAACCAUCGGCGUUCCCGAUGACUAAGAGAAAUCUGUUUUCGGAGAUUGCCAAGCUGUUCGAUCCGCUCGGCUGGUUAUCACCAGUAGUAAUACGUGCGAAAAUUUUGAUGCAGUCCCAGUGGCUGGAGAAAAUCCAGUGGGACGAUCAAAUCUCCGCGGACACGCAACGAACGUGGAAUACGUUUUGCGUGGAUUGGAACAGCCUGAAAAAAUUAAAAAUUCCCAGAUGGAUACGGUACGGAGCCGAUACCGUAUCCGUGGAGUUGCAUGGAUUCUGCGACGCCUCCCUCGCCGCCUACUCCGCCGUCACGUAUUUACGCGUGACGACGACAAACAAUGACGUCUUUACGACAUUGGUAAUGGCAAAAACGCGGGUGGCGCCGAUCAAAACGCAAUCCAUACCCGUACUGGAAUUAAACGGGGCAGUACUCCUCUCCGAGCUUGUGAUGCACGUAAAGCGGUCCAUCUCCAUGAAAUUGGAUCGCAUAAUCUGCUGGACAGAUUCUACGAUUGCACUAGCUUGGCUGAAAAAACAUGCGUCGACAUGGAAGGUGGUAAUCGCCAACCGUGUAUCAAAAAUCCAGACGAUGCUUCCGAACGCCGAAUGGCGUCAUGUUCCCACGCGCUCAAAUCCCGCAGAUUUAAAUUCGCGAGGAGUGGAAGCCGCGGAACUUCUUCAAUCGGAACUAUGGAUUUCCGGCCCGCCGUGGCUUCGGCGGGCGGAAGAAUAUUGGCCGAAAAUACCCGCUUCGAUCGAAACGGAAGAAGGAAAACGCGUCUCGCAUACGCUCGUAGCAACUCCGAAAAAAGAAUGGGACUUUGUAUUUCGAUUUUCCCAAUGGAGAAAGCUACUACGCGUAACCGCCUACUGCCUCCGGUUUCGAAGGGCGCGGGACGGAGAGCGUCGGUCCUUCGACGCCAACGUUGUCGACGCAUCUGAAAUACAGCGUGCAACGGAAAGAAUUGCACGUUACUUGCAAAGCACGCAUUUUGCAGAUGAAUACCAGUGCCUGAAAGGGCACCGUGAAAUCCCUGCAACGUCUCCAUUGAAAGGCCUAAACCCCUUCCUCGACGACAAGGAAGUCCUCAGAGUGGGUGGAAGGUUGGAGAAUGCGGCACUUGCAUGGGAAACCAAACACCCGAUAAUUCUGCCAAAACAUCAUGUUUCGAACAUGAUAAUAAGGCAAUGUCAUGCGGAUACGCUGCACGGGGGUUUGCAAUUGACCAUGUACACGGUGAGACAGAAAUUCUGGAUCAUCGGCUGUCGUAACGCGACGCGUACGGUUAUCCAUGGUUGCAUGCGCUGCGUGAGAUGGAAUGCAACAGCGUCCACGCAGAUAAUGCAGGAUUUAAUUCCGGAACGCACCCGCGCGGCACGACCUUUCUCGAAUUGCGGAGUAGAUUACGCGGGACCCUUUCGAGUCCGCGACUCCGCCGGUCGAGGUAAAACGGCCCACAAAGCUUACAUAGCGGUAUUCGUUUGUUUCGCUACCAGAGCCGUACAUAUCGAACUCGUGCACGAUUACACAACGAGUGCUUUCUUGGCCGCCCUUGACCGAUUCAUCGCUCGCCGCGGAGUUCCGUCCUGCGUGUUCAGUGACAACGGAACAAAUUUCGUCGGAGCGGAUCGAGAAUUAAGAGAGCAUUUCAAUAUCGUGUAUAACACACGAGAAAUGCGCGAUACGUGCGGCCAGAAGGGUAUUAAGUGGAAAUUCAAUCCACCUAGUGCACCGCAUUUUAGCGGUAUGCAGGAAGCCGGUGUGAAAUCGGUGAAACAUCAUCUAAAACGCAUCCUCGGCAACUUCACUCCCACGAGCGAGGAGAUGCAGACAUUACUUUGCAAAAUCGAAGCGAGUUUAAAUUCGCGACCGAUCGCCGCUCUGAGUGAUUGUCCAGAGGAUUAUGCGCCCCUCACACCGGGCCACUUUUUGAUCGGAAGCCCGAUGAAUGCACUUCCGGUAGAGUCAGUGGAAAAUGAAAAUAUCUCGCGGCUUACGCGAUGGAGAGCUAUUCAGAAAUUCCACGAGCAACUCUGGAGGCAUUGGACGCGUGAUUAUCUCACGCACCUCCAGAACCGCUAUAAGUGGCGUACCGCUCAAGUGCAGCUAAAACCGAACGAUUUGGUUCUAGUGCAAAACCCUCUUCUCCCCCCGAAUCAAUGGGAAAUGGGAAGAAUUGAGGAAAUUUUCCCGGGCAAGGACAGGCACGUACGGGUUGUUAAAGUACGCACAGCCACUUCCACCUACACACGACCAAUCACACGUCUGUGUAAAUUGCCCAUAGAAGAGUCGCUAUCGAUAACAGACGAAGACGACGCUAGCGGGACAAAAGAAAUCCCGAAUUCCACGUGA